UUGGCCGAGAGCCAACCAAACAAACAGCCCAAAUUCAUCGUUGUCAUCUUCUUUCUUCCCAUUCUCUCUCACCGCUUUCCCUGGCCCUCUUUCAUCGUAGUUCUUUCCCCCUUUAGCGCAUUUUAAGGUUACCUGUUUCAAUCUUCUUCUAUGGCAUUUCAAUUGUCGUCUCUUCCUCAGGUUAAGCCUGAUAAGUAGGGAUUUCUUGCAAGAUCUCAUGAAUGUUCUGGUGAUUGGGGUUCGUUGCUUUUGUAUUACCAAAUUUGAGAGCAAGCCUUUGCUACGCUUGUUGUUGUUGUUGUUGUUGUCGUCGUGUCUGAGUUUGUUGAUCGAAGAGAGCCAAGCACUGGAGUUUUGCGAUUCAGGGGAUAAAAUGGGUUAUCUCAAUUCAGUAUUGUCAUCUUCAACCCAGAUUCAUACCGAUGAUGCACCUGUAAGCGGUGGAGGGCUCAGUCAGAAUGGGAAAUUCAGUUAUGGAUUUGCAAGCUCCCCAGGAAAAAGAUCUUCAAUGGAGGACUUCUACGAGACAAGAAUUGAUGGGGUUGAUGGGGAGAUAGUUGGCCUUUUUGGAGUUUUUGAUGGUCAUGGGGGUGCACGGGCUGCUGAAUAUGUGAAGCAGAACCUUUUCAGUAAUUUAAUCAAGCAUCCAAAAUUUAUCACUGAUACCAAAUCAGCAAUAGCUGAUGCAUAUAACCAUACGGACACUGAAUUUUUGAAAUCUGAGAAUAACCAGAAUCGAGAUGCUGGUUCCACUGCUUCCACAGCAAUCCUUGUUGGUGACCGUUUACUUGUUGCAAAUGUUGGGGAUUCUCGAGCUGUAAUAUGCAGGGGAGGAAAAGCCUUCGCUGUUUCUCGAGAUCACAAGCCAGAUCAAACAGACGAGCGUCAGCGCAUCGAAGAUGCAGGAGGAUUUGUGAUGUGGGCUGGUACAUGGAGAGUUGGGGGUGUUCUUGCUGUCUCUCGCGCUUUUGGUGACCGGCUGUUGAAGCAGUAUGUAGUGGCUGAUCCUGAGAUUCAGGAGGAAAAGGUUGACAGCACGCUCGAGUUCCUCAUUCUUGCUAGCGAUGGGCUGUGGGAUGUUGUCACCAAUGAGGAGGCCGUUGCAAUGAUAAAACCAAUCCAAGAUCCCGAGGAAGCAGCGAAGCAGCUGCUGCAAGAGGCGUACCAGAGGGGUAGUGCAGACAACAUUACCUGUGUUGUUGUUCGUUUUCUGGGCAAUCAGAGCGGCUCCUCCCAUAGCAACCCUGCCUAACCAAGGUCUGUGCGAUCCACUGCAGCACCAUGCAAGAAAAGAAGAAUAAGCAAAAGGGUUGACUGCUGCCAAAUGAAUGGCAUCAGUCAAUAUGGUCAUAGAAGCACAAUAGGACUGGGCACCAGGUAAAAGCUUUAGACACUUUAACAAACUCGAUUCCUGGCGGGUAAUGAAGUCCCCUGUAGAGUUAGGUAAUGAAGUCCCCUGUAGAAUUAGAGUAUGUCAAUUUUAAUGUGUCGCGUCAACUUCUCUCUCCACUUGUAUACACCGCAUGCACUCAUGGGUGGGGAUGGUUUGUUUACCUGUCCAAUUGUUAUCUUGAGUUUACAUGCUGAUUUUCAGUGGCUUCAAAAGUUGCAAAUCUGACAAACUUUCUAGCCUUGGCUGUUUUCCAA